AUGACUGAGAAACAACUUGCUGAGGUAUUUAAGAAAUUUGGUAUGGAGAAGUAUGAUCCUAUCAUCGAGCCGUUUGAUCCAAACAGAAAUAACGCAGUUUUUCAAGUACCUGAUGCUUUUAAGCCAGAAGGCACAAUUGCUCAUGUCCUCAAGUCUGGAUACACGUUGUUUGAUCGAGUUAUAAGACCAGCUGAGGUUGGUGUUACUCAAGGAGGAGAGAGCGAAGAAGACAAGAAAGAGUCUGAUGCUUAA